AUGUGUAGUACAGGUGCUAGCACCAGUUGGCGACAGCGAUGCGAAGCCGUAGCGUUGUUUAUGCCCCGGCCGCCAUCAUGGAUAGAACCAUCGGAUGGCAUUGAAGAUUGUUUGGUGACACGAUCAAAAGGAAGUCUUCAAGCAGUGACAGCGACAUCAAACAUCGAAUUGACGGGCGAGCCCGAAUAUGAUUCUGUUCUCGACUGUUAUAUGGAUGGUGUGAAAGAGGAAGUGAAGUGCCAAGAAGAGAAACCAGAAAACGAUAAAUAUUCUUCGGCAAAUUCGAGAUCGGACGGAAAAAAACCAAACGCCCGUGCAGGUCAAGGUGGUGAGCCAGUAGUCGAAUCAAACUUUAAUAGAAAAGGACUAGGUUCAAGUCGUGAAGGAAAGAAUUGCGAUGGAUCCAGAAAGCAAGACAAACGGAAGAUUCCACGGAAUAAGGCGGCGAAGAAACGAAAGGAGCACAAGUGUCAUGUGUGUGGUUAUGUUACUUCGUAUAAAUGCAAUCUCAAAAGCCACAUGCAAGCAAAACACACCGGUGAAAAGCAAUUUAAAUGUGGAAUAUGCGGAAAGAGAUUAAUCGAAAAAGGUCAUCUCAACCAACAUUUAGCCACUCAUGGUGACAAGUUCCCAUUCCGAUGCACCAAAUUUCGCCGAGGAUUCCUAAAUGGAGAUGAUAAAACAGUGCACGAGAAGAUUUGCCGCCAUCGUCAGUAUCAAUGCUACAUGUGCGAAUAUUCAUCGCUGAAUACGACCAAACUACGAAAUCACAUGCGAAAAGCCAUUCCAUUGCAAGUGGUGCAAAGCACGGUUUUCCCACAAAG